GGGUGGAGGAGGGCUCGCUGUUUCCUGUAUGAAUAGUAAAAGCAAACCACGUGGUGUAAAAGCAGACUGCAGCUUCUUUUGUUCAAAUCAAUCAAAACGGAGACGGACUGAGAGCUGCUCAUUCAGGAAAUUACCGGACAGUCUGGAUUGAGAGAUGCCCCGUAAGAAGGUGACAGAGGUGUCUGGAAACGGUGCAAUGAAAAAGAAGAAGAGCGGUGGGAAGAGGAAGGAGCGCGACUUCAGCAGUGAUGAAGAGUUUGACUUUGAGCAGGAGAACAAUAAAAAGCCUGGAAGACCUGCAGCCAAGUCCGGACUGCAGCCCGUCACUGUGGCAGACGACCUCAAAGAGAAAAUAAAACUUGAGUGCCCAAAGGCGAAAGGACAGUUGCUAAUCUUUGGAGCGACCAAUUGGGAUUUGAUUGGAAGAAAAGAGGUACCCAAACAACAAGCGGCUUUCCGAAACCUGGGGCAGAACCUGUGGGGCCCUCAUCGCUAUGGCUGUCUGAAUGACAUCCAGGUGAGCUGUGUGGUGUCCGGGCCGUGUGCAGCCUUCAGCCUCCUCAUCACCGCUGAGGGCAAGCUGUGGAGCUGGGGGCGAAACGACAAGGGCCAGCUGGGACAUGGUGACACGAAACGUCUGGACGCUCCGAAGCUCAUCGAGGCUCUGUCAGAUCAGGUGGUUGUAUCUGCAGCAUGUGGACGUAACCACACACUGGCCCUGACAGAGGAUGGCACAGCCUACUCUUUUGGAGAGAACAAACUGGGACAGCUGGGACAAGGCAGCCAGACAGACGCUGUGCUAAGUCCUGCAGCAAUCUCAUACAAUGGGCAGCCUCUGGUGAAGGUGGCAUGUGGGGCUGAGUUCAGCAUGGUGGUAGACUGCAAAGGAAACCUGUACUCCUUUGGCUGUCCAGAUUAUGGACAACUGGGUCACAACAGUGAUGGCAAGUACAUAGCUAGGUCAAAUAGAAUAGAGUUUGACUGUGAGCUGAUCCCUCGGCGAGUAGCCCUCUUCAUCGAGAAGUCCAAAGACGGUCAGAUUAUGCCUGUUCCAAAUGUGGUGGUUCGUGAUGUGGCAUGUGGAGCCAACCACACACUCGUGCUGGACUCUCAGAAGCGUGUGUUCAGCUGGGGCUUUGGGGGCUAUGGCCGCCUUGGCCACACGGAGCAGAAGGAUGAGAUGGUUCCUCGCUUGGUGAAGCUGUUUGACUUCCCGGGCCGUGGGGCCUCUCUCAUCUACACGGGAUACCAAUGUUCUUUUGCUGUCAAUGAGAUGGGAGGCCUGUUCUUCUGGGGAGUGACCAACACCAGUAGAGAAUGCACCAUGUAUCCAAAGAUGGUGCAGGACCUGUGCGGCUGGAAGAUCCGCAGCCUGGCUUGUGGGAAAAGCAGUAUCAUUAUUGCUGCAGAUGAGAGUACAAUCAGCUGGGGUCCAUCGCCCACUUUUGGAGAGCUGGGAUAUGGGGACAACAAAGCCAAGUCGUCCACCAGCGCUCAGGAGGUCAAGACCCUGGACGGCAUCUACGUGGAGCAGGUGACCAUGGGCUACUCCCAUUCUCUGGUUAUCGCCCGACAAGAUACUGAGCAGGAGCAGGACAAACUGAAGAAGCUGCCAGAGUACAACCCUCGGACAGUGUGAGGCUGUGGCCCCUGGAGCUCUGGGGCUCUGUGGUGGGGCAGUGGAGCGCACAGCCCCCUGGAGCUCUGGAGUAGGGCGUUGGACCACACAAUCCCUUCUCUUCAGACUGAACUGGCUCUACACUGUCACUGUCCAGUGCCACGGUUUACACUCUUCACACUCCACAGUAGUGCUUCCUCAGCCUCAUGCUCUCUGAAAGUGGUGUUUUGGUUCUUGUUCUGGGUGCAGUAUUGGAUUUGGGUGCUCCCACCUGAGGCAUGUAGAACUCAUCUGUGCCUUGGGCGGCUCGUGUAGUUUAGUGUUGGUGGAUGUGGCAGCAGGGUUUGUGCAGCUGCCAAACAUGCAAUUGAAUUUUGUACUUUUUAACUUUCGUAUUCCACUGUUACAUUCCUUUGUGUUCAGUGUUGGCAUCAUAGAUGCAUACCUCAGUCUUUGUUAGACUUGUGACCAUGUUUCCUUUUAAACGCUCAAAGCGUCUUCUGGAGCAGCUGACUGAACUAUAACCUGCACUGUGUGAGUGGGGGCCAUGGAUGGUCUUAGCUGUUCUUUUAUUGUGACAUUUUUCACUUAAUUUUCUUGUAAAAUGAUCCAAUAAAAUUCUAGUAAAGUG